AUGUUUAUGCACAAGAGCCUCUCGCUGUCGUGUGCGACCGAGCACAAGCAAAUCGCAGCGGGCGAGAAGAAUGCGACGACGUUUGUCAACUGCCACAUCGAGGCCCCCAAGUGCGACGACAACGAGCGCCAGCCGAUCGACCUCGUCAUCGUCCUCGACAAGUCGGCGAGCAUGGCCGAGCUGAAGAAACUCGAUUUGUGCAAGACGACGCUGACGUUUCUGUCGCGGGAGCUCUCGGCCAUGGACCGCGUGAGUUUGGUGGUGUACGACAGAGACGUGACGACCGUCCAACCCCUCACGCUCAUGACGCAGGACGGGAAGGCGCUCUUCGAAAAGCGCGUCCGCACCAUUCAAGCCGGAACCUGCACGAACCUCAGUGGCGGUCUCUUCGCUGGUUUGGAUGAGAUUCAACGCCAUGAGCGAAGCGAUGGCGGGUCGCCCAACCCUAUCCGGUCGGUGCUCCUCUUGACGGAUGGACUUGCCAACUACGGAGUGGUAAAGUCGUUGCCGCUUCUAAGUAUCCUAGAGAGCUGCUACAACGACGCCCUCCAUCCCACCGAACAAGCUAACGCUCCUCCGACCGGUAGACCAGAGCCGUCGUCGCCCGUGUCUCUCUUUACCUUUGGCUAUGGUGACAACCACGACGCCAAGCUCUUGCGGUGCAUCUCGGACUUUGGCCGUGGUGCCUACUACUUUGUUGAGAACGCAGACGCUGUCUCGCUCGCGUUCGCCGACUGCCUCGGGGGGCUUCUCAGCGUCGUGGCUCAAAACAUUCAACUCGAAGUGCUCGCCGCGUCCCCCGGUGUCCGCAUCCUCGAGGUCAACACCAAGCGUCCCCAGCGUGUCCAGGCGCCGGGGCUGCACUACGUGAUUGAGCUCGGCGACUUGUACAGCGAAGAACUACGGGAUCUUCUCGUGCACGUCGAGACCUCUGAGAGUACCGAAACCAGUCGGCAGCACUUGGUCGAGUUUCGUCUGCGCUACGUCAACGUACUCACGUCCCGCAUUGAGACCAUGUCGACCAUGAGCGCGAUUGAUCGCCCCAGCGUUGUCACCGACACCUCGGUGAGUCUGACUGUCACGCGGCAAAUGCACCGACUGGAGACGGCCGAUGCCAUGGACACUGCCCAACGCGAGGCCGACGACGGCCGCCUCGACCUCGGCCAAGCCCGCCUCGCAGCGCUCAGUAAGAAGCUUCAACGAGCUUUCGCCGACUUGCGUUUGGAUGCGACCGUUGGUCAAGAGAAAAUGCUGCUCGACGACUUGCGCGAUUGCCAAGAGGCGAUGCAAACGCUCGCCGAGUACCGGUCGCGGGGUCAGUACCGGCUCACGAACCGCGCUCAAACGCACCAUACGCAGCGAAGCAACGACACGGAGACGUCGUGGGUCGACAUCAAGAGCGAAGACAGUCUCUGCAGCGAAGACUCUGGCACGUAUCGCAAUGGCACCAAGCGCCGUGUGAUGGCUCGCGCGCUCGACAUGAAGCGAAAGGACGCGUAA